CACGGCGCAAGCGUAGCCGCACGCUUCCCGCGCUUUUUUGACAUUUCAAUAAAAAAGUGUAUUUACUUUUUAAUUAGUGCCUGUGUUGCAAGCAGCAUAUCAUAUCAAGAGUAUCCAAGAGCUGUGAAAUGCGUCCGUUGUUAUUAGUUUUGUUCGUGGUGGGAUUAAGUAGUGCAAGAUGGCUUCGCAAUGGUCGCUCCAACCAGCCCAAGGACACCAGCUUCGUAGGAGAAGCGAGCAGUGAACUGUCCACAGCAAUCUUCCAGGGUUACAUUGACGAUGACAAAAAUAUUGCAUUCUCUCCUCUCGGUUAUUCGGCCAUCUUGGCCAUCCUUGCGGAAGGUGCCCGUGGAGAGACUAGAGAACAGUUAGUAUCAGCCCUACACUUGCCUCAAGACCCUCAGCUCAUCAGGAAGACAUACCGCUACAUUAUGGAAAGGCUGAAGAACAACCACGAGUACAAAUACAACCAGCCAGAGUUGAAGAACUAUUUCUACAUCUACAAGAACUACACCAUUAAUGAUGAUUACAAGAAGAUUCUAGAAGAUUACUAUUUAACCGACGUACGAUCCGUUGAGCGUUAUAAUCCUGAACAACAUAUGCAAGAUGAUGACGAUGAUGAAGAUAAGAGUGAAUUCACCAUUGAGAUAUCCGACAAGAAGGAUGAGGAAAAGAAAGAUGAAGAAAUCCCUGAAAUGAUGCCUCCUAAAGAAACCGACGAGAAACUUAUCUCCUUUGCCGUCGAUGAUAUUCCUGAGAAGGUAGACAUUUCCCAUAUGGAUUACAAACCAGCGAAGAAUAUUAAGGAAAAGAUUAAGUUGGUUAAGACCUUCCCUAAAAAGACUGAGUCUUCUGAAGAUGAAGAAGAAACUAUGGUGGCCGUUGAAGCAAGAAACCAUGCUAGGAGCCUUAAAGCUGUGCAUGCUCUUCGUGAUGUUACGUCCAGCCUCUCUGUAAACAGUGUCGGCAAGAAAUCAACCUCCAUCUCAGACUCUCUAAUGAUCAUCUUCAACGGCAUGUACUUCCGUGGGUCAUGGGAGACUCCAUUCGACGCUAUUGAGCCUGGCGUGUUCUACAAAUCCAACACUGAGAAGAAGCAGGUUUCUAUGAUGAAGAUCAAGGGAAUGUUCAAGACUGGUGCCAUUCCUGAACUCGAUGCUGAGGCCAUUAAGCUGCCUUAUGCUGGUGGUCGCUACGCCUUGCUACUGGUGGUGCCUCGUACUCGUGACGGUCUGACCAGGUUGACUGCUGACUUGCCCGUGACACCUCUAUCUGACAUUCAAGACAGUCUGACGGAAGAAGAGCUCCAAGUAUCCAUUCCUGCAUUCUCAGUGGAGACCACCACCAAACCUGUUGCUGCAUUGGCCAAGUUUGGUGUUAGCAGUAUCUUCAGCCGAGAUGCAGACCUGACUGGCGUGUCUUCUGAUGAGGGUCUGUUUGUACAAGAGCUAGUGCAGCACGUUGCAGUCCGUGUUGAUGAAACUGACAGCUCUGCUUCAGAAUUAUCAGCUGCCAACACAGUUAUGGAACUAUCAAAGAACUUGCCAUUGUCUCCACCCAAGUCAUACCGUCGCUUCAACGUGGAACAUCCCUUCAUCUUCUACAUCUUGGACACCCUGGACAAUCUAGUCGUCGUGGCUGGCAAAGUUAUUGAACCAGAGAAACCGUUUGACAACUAUCCAUUACCAGCAUUGCCGAGUCAUUUAUUAGAGGAUAGUCAUAGUAAAAAGCAUCUAGAACUUCCAAAAAGAUGUCCUCUAAGGACUUUGCUUGCUCAAAACAUUCCCAAACCUGGCCCUAGUAAAGUGGUGCCAUUAAAACCUCGCAUACCCCUGAAGAUUGAUACUAAACAUGUUACAGUAAGGCAGAAAAGUGACGAUUUAGAUUGGCAUUAUACAGUGUUCAAAGAUAGAAGAGAAGACAAAGAAGCAAGUGUUAUAUCUAUUAGUGAUGAUGAAAGACAUUUGGAUGAUAAGAAUAGCCGAAAACAUUUUGUAGAGAAUAAAAAGAAAAAUACUUUGGGAGUAAACGCUGUGACGCCUAAUCUGCAGGAAUGCUUGGAAUCAAACCGUAUUAAGAAUAUAAAAAGGAGUUUGAAAAGACCUCAUAGUCGAGAGUUACAGGGUCUGUCACCACCGGCCCCUGUCAAACAACAAAAGGAUGAUGAAAAAGUAAAAAAACGUUUACAAUUUAAUGAAACUUUACAAGAAAGACUUGGGACUCCGGAUUUCUGGAAGAGGUCAUACAUGCGAUGUCUUAACAGAGAUUAUUCUGCGGACAUGUUCGAGUAUCUCCUGGAUGUGGAGCGUAAGCCUCUUGAUGUGCCUCGCACUCCUAGUGUCUCCAGGGCAUGUGUUAUCAACUGGUUAAUAAAAAUUAAUGGAACGUUUGGCAACCCAGCCGUUGUCCAAACCGCGUGUUGGUACUUGGACUCGAUCUUAGGAACUGGUCACGUCCAGGUGGAAAGGCUACAAUUGGUCGCAGCAGCCUGUUACUGGAUAGCGCAGAAAUUGAAUGGUCCAGUGAUGCCAGCGAUGAGACUCGUGAGGUACUCGUGUUCAGCCUUCACUUGUGAGAAGCUGUUAGCCACUGAGAAAGCUGUGCUGAUAAGAUUGAAAUUUCCCCGGCAGCCGGUGGUGGCCCAGGAAUUCAUAAAUUACUUAGCAUGGUGGUGUGCGGGUGACUGCAGUGGUGAGAUAGAAGUGGCAGCCACCUUCCUCGCCAUGUGUGGAAUGAUGGUGGACCGUUUUCUUUGUGAUGAGUACCCGUCAGUGAUUGCUGUGGCAGCUGUCAGAAAUGCUGUGCUUCUGCUAAGGAAAAGGGAGCUGUUGGCACGACUACACGAGAGUAACAUAUUCAAAAUUGCAGAGAAAAAAGCAACAAGUUUAUCGUACACUUGUGCUGUUUUACGUCGGGCUGUACGUACUGUGGGUGCUCCAAUGUACGAAUACAAAACACCUCUGGAACAUUAUGGCAUGGCUCCGAACCACAUAGCACAGAAGAUCAUCAGAGCAUCCAACGACUUAGCUCUUAUGGAAGUAAGAGUUUCUGAGUCAAGUGGAGGUAUAACAUUCUGCUGUCUGAUGAUUGCUGUCCAGUCACAAGACCCAUUUUUUGGAAAUUAUUUUAAUCCAAACCGACUAUAUUUUUCCGAUAAUUUUCCCUCAAUAGUCCCACUUUCAAUAGGUCGUGGUGGGAUAGACGAUGAUGCAUUACGAAGAGUAUUUGGGAAUGAACCACCGAGGCAGACAAAACCGACGACCACAGUAGAGAUAGAAAAGAGUACUGAGCUAGCUUUUGGUACAAGUGUUGAACAAGUCGAUAAUUUUGGUAAACAAAAUAUAAUAAGUAGACAAAUAUCAACCCCAACAAUACCGAGUAGACAGACAGCUCAGCAACUUGUUGUGGAUAGACAAGAUACGCCUCAAAACACACCAAACAGACAAGUCUUAGAAAGACAGCGACCGUACAAUGUACCACAAAAUAGACCAAGAAUACCACAGGAAAGACCAGAGAUCUCUCUUGGAAGACCUACGGUGGCAAUACCACAAUCGGAAUUAAACAGACCUGCGGUUCAACAGAUAUAUUUGGGUGUGCCAAAUUCAUUGCAAAUACCGAGAGAUCGGCCUAGCGUUCCGGAGAUUUCUCUCAGUAGACCAUCAGUGGCUGUACCUCAAAGUGAGCUUCAAAGACCUACUGUACAGUCAAGUUCUUCAACUUUCAACUCACCUGCCCAAUCUGCGGGUUUCAACAAUUUGUUGUAUUCCGUAACCAACUUCGGAGUUAAUUUGAUGAAGAACAUUGAUACAGUACAUUCUGGUAAUGCAGUACUGUCUCCAUUGUCAAUCACUUCACUCCUGGCUUUAUUGCAACAAGGAGCGUAUGGAGAAACUGAAGCACAAAUAACAAACGCACUGCAUAUGUCGCGCGAGAGUACGGCUUCUUCUUAUGCUCGUGUUACUGGAGAUAUAAAAAAUCGCAGCUCCCGUAACGUUCUGAAAGUAGCAAACAAUGUGUUUAUAGCUGAUGCUUUUGCUGUGAAUCGAGACUUCAAAAACAGAGCGUCUCAGAGUUUCUAUAGCGACGUCUCCCGCCUGAGCUAUAAUAGGCCCGAGGAAGCGGCUCGACAGAUCAACACCUGGAUAGCUUCCAGAACAAAUAACAAGAUCAACCAACUUAUUGCACCAGGUGCUUUAAGUAGCAACACGCAGAUGGUACUCGUGAACGCUAUUUACUUCAAAGGUCUGUGGGAGGUGCCGUUUAGAGUUGAAUCAACUGUGCCUCGGGAAUUCCAACUCACUAGCGGACAAAUAAAAACGGCCCAGUUUAUGCGUACGCGCAGGAUGUUUAAGACCGGUAUGGAUCCGACUACUAAUGCUAGAGUUAUCGUGUUACCCUUCGAGCGUGAAGAGUAUCACCUGAUGGUGAUCUUGCCGUCGCAACUGGUGGGCAUCAGGGGCACAAUAGCGUCGCUGACUGAUGCGAGACUGCUGAGCUACCUCAGUUUCUUACCACUUGACACCGAGCUCGAGUUGCCCAAAUUCACAGUCAGGGCUGACACAGAUUUAAAAGUUAUUUUGCAAAGCAUGGGCAUAACAACGCUGUUCAGCCGAUUAAGCGAGUUGGCCGGUAUCGGAUCUUAUCAAACCCAGUCACCGCAGAUAUCGUCAGCUUUACAUUCAGCCAUACUGUCUAUUGAUGAGCAGGGAGGCUCUGCAGCUGCCGCGACAGCUUUCGCAGCCGUCGCGUUAUCUUAUGACGAUCCUUCUGUGGUGUUCAAGGUCAACCGACCCUUCAUUGCCGUACUAUGGGACAACAAGAGCUCCCUACCCCUAUUCAUGGCAAAAAUCGAGGACCCCAUAUACUAAAAGACUCGUAAUAAACUACUACAAUACUCAUUACUAAAUUAAACUUAAGUAUCAAUAAUUUAAGAAAAUAAAAACACAUAUUUUAUAAUAAUGACUAUUUAUAACAAAAACAUAAUUGUAUGUAGAAUUGGAUCUAGUCUAAUUUGUUAUUAGAAAAUAAAAUUAUAAGCGUAACGUAAUUUUA